AGCGGUAAAUUAGAUGUUUCACAGGAUAGCCACUUUUAGGUUGACAGAAGGGCUGCCACACAGCGAGCCAGGAUUAGUCGAAGGAUUACUUAUUUUGAGCUGUAACAUUAGGUGCUGUAUUAUACCACGUCAAGGUCAGAGCUGAGACUGAGUGCUCUGGAAAGCACGGGAGAAGGCGGCCACAUGAUCCUGCUCGGAGAAAACAGAGCCCGCUUACAGAGGGCAGCUCUCGGGCUCUGCUAGUGGCAUUGCAGCUGCUUGCCAUUUGGUGUCCAGCACUGGGCGCUCCUCUGGCAGUGACUGGGGGUGACACGGGGGCUCCCACUGCCUGUAUCAACAGCCAAUUGUUGCAUACCUCAUGGAUUAGUGGCCCUGUCGACGCAGUGCCGUUGGCUUCUUAAAAUAGAGACAGAGGGACACUCAAGGAAGUAAAAGCGCAUCCAACCGUGGCAGGAGCCUCAUAGUUUGAGAGGAGCGAUCAGGAGUCACCCCCUAAAGGUACACCCUGGACAGAGACUCACAUCGGGCUAGAGAGAACCGCACAGGCCAGGCAUGGCGUUGACCAGUUCUGAAGACAUGCCGCGGCAGUUCCCCAAGAUUUCCCUGAGUGAGGUAGAUGAGGAGGUACGGCUGUUAGCCGAGAAGGUUUAUGCCUCAGCGCUGAAGGAGGAAGACACCAAGGAUGCCCUGUCCAUGUUCUCAGUCCCCGAAGACUGCCCCAUCGGCCUACAGCAAGCCAAGGACUACGAGCUGCUGAAGGAAAUUGCUGAGCAGCAAUCAGAAGAGAGUGCCAAAAGGAAGAAGAGUUUCAAGUUGAUCCGAUCACAGUCGAUGUCCCUUCAGAUCCCAGUCAGUACAGACUGGACCUUUUCUGUGGUAUCUCCUCUGCUUUCUCCUGCCUCGACGUGCCCUUCUCUUCCUGACAACAUCCCAGAAUUCCAGAGGGUUACCAUCAGCGGCGAUUACUGUGCUGGCAUCACAGUUGAGGACUAUGAGCAGGCAGCCAAGAGCUUGCUGAAAGCCCUAUUCAUUCGGGAGAAAUACGCAAAGCUUGCCUAUCACCAGUUUCCAAGGACCACCACUCAGUUCCUCCGGAGUGCUGAAAAUGAGAAGUGGAGGGAAGAAGAUGAAGUGCUACCAGACAUCUGCCCUUGCCCUGAGGAGGGGGAGGACCCGUACAGCAUGGUGGACAUCCCAGAGAAUUUAAAUUACGAGCUGAAGAUGAAAGACGGUAUCAUCAAUGUUUACGACAGUGCUGAGACCCUGAAGCUGCAGCGGGCCCACAGCCUUCCCUAUCCUGACCUGGAGACCUUUGCCAUUGACCUCAGCCAUGUCCUGGCCAUGAUCGCUGAUGGACCCACGAAGACAUACUGCCACAGACGCCUUAACUUCCUGGGAUCCAAGUUCUACUUGCAUGAGAUGCUGAAUGAGAUGGCGGAGCUCAAAGAGCUGAAGGGGGUGCCUCACCGAGAUUUCUAUAACGUCAGGAAGGUUGACACACAUAUCCAUGCAGCAGCCUGCAUGAACCAGAAGCAUCUGCUCCAAUUCAUCCAGAACACCUACAAGAUGGAAGCAGACCGAGUGGUACAGCAAAAGGGAGGGAAGAAGAUGACCCUCAAGGAGGUCUUUGAUAAUCUGAACAUGGACCCCUAUGAUCUCACUGUGGACUCCUUGGAUGUGCAUGCUGGCAGACAGACAUUUCAUCGGUUUGAUAAGUUCAAUUCCAAAUAUAAUCCAGUGGGGGCCAGUGAACUCAGAGAGAUCUACUUGAAAACUGACAAUCACAUUCAAGGGGAGUACUUUGCACGUCUUAUUAAGGAAGUGGCUCACGACUUGCAGGAGAGUAAAUACCAGUAUGCAGAACCGCGGCUUUCCAUCUACGGCCGGGCCCCAGAGGAGUGGGAGAACCUGUCCAAGUGGUUUAUUCAGCACCGGGUGCAUUCACCCAGCAUGAAAUGGGUCAUCCAGGUGCCAAGGAUUUAUGACAUUUUCAAGUCCCGAAAGUUAAUACCUAACUUUGCAAAGAUGCUGGAAAAUGUCUUCCUCCCUCUUUUUGAGGCCACCGUUAACCCUCAAAAGCACAAAGAGCUGCAUGUCUUCUUGAAAUAUGUGACAGGUUUUGACAGUGUAGAUGACGAGUCCAAGCACAGUGACCACAUGUUCUCCUACAAAAGCCCCAAACCCGAAGAGUGGACCAUAGACAGCAACCCACCUUAUAGUUACUACCUCUUCUACAUGUACGCCAACAUCAUGGUGCUCAACAACCUCCGGAAGGAGCGAGGCCUCAACACCUUUCAGUUCCGGCCGCACUGCGGUGAGGCAGGCUCCAUCACUCACCUGGUCUCGGCCUUCCUGACCGCCGAUAACAUAUCCCACGGCCUCAACCUGAAGAAGAGCCCCGUGCUGCAGUAUCUAUACUACCUGGCCCAGGUGCCUAUCGCCAUGUCCCCGCUCAGCAACAACAGCCUUUUCCUGGAGUACUCCAAGAACCCGCUGAGGGAGUUCCUGCACAAGGGGCUGUGUGUGUCCCUGUCUACUGAUGACCCCAUGCAGUUCCACUACACCAAGGAGGCGCUGAUGGAGGAGUACGCUAUCGCAGCACAACUGUGGAAGCUCAGCACAUGUGACGUCUGCGAGAUCGCCAGGAACAGCGUGCUGCAGAGCGGCCUCUCGCACCAGGAGAAGAAGCACUUCCUGGGAGUGAACUACCUGAAGAACGGGCCGGAGGGAAACGAUAUCCGGCGGACCAACGUGGCCCAAAUCCGCAUGACUUACAGGCACGAGACGCUGUGCAACGAGCUCAGCUUCCUGGUAGAUGCCGUCAAGUCGGCUGCUAUUGUCGCGCAGUCACAGUAACUACAGCUUGUCACAAGCAGACUGCUGCCUUGUGCGAUGAGGCCAGAUUAUUCAGUAGCUGCUCACGUCCGCUUUGAUUGCCGUGCUAAAGCCAAAUAGAGAGAAAUGCAGGCGCUACGCCUCUGCUUGAACAUUAGAAAUAUAGCCAAAUACACAAAUGCAUGCACACUGUAUAUUGUACAUAUAAGGCUUUAUGAUGGUAAUUUAUUUUCAACUCUUUGAUUAAACAUUUUAUUAAUUUUU